CGGUAUCUACACGAAAUGGAUUUGCGAUACGCAGAAAGGACGACCCUAUGAGAUUCCAGCAGUUCAGAUUUCACAGAAAAAAGAGAGACGUUUCUGUUAUUCGAUACUUAAUAGGUAGUAGCAUCGAAUUAAAAAACACCGCUAAUCACGCAAACCUGGUCUGGACGUAAUCGUAGCCCGGAUGAUAUCAUAAAGUGGGUUGACAACAUCGGAGACUAACGAGAAAUUCUGUCGUCGAAGUGAGUGCUCUUCUCAGGUUAGAAUGUCGUCUGUGGUAAAUAAUGGAUACAAAGGGACCGCAAGGAACAGUAUUAAAUCAUUUCAAGAAAAGAUGAUCAAGUUGAAAAGUGAUUUAAACGAAACAGAGAACAAAAUUAAACAGCAUAAACAGGAAACGCUUUCUGCAAGAUGGAGAGAACACGAAGCCAAACUCCAACUGAAGGAGAUGUCUGAAAAGAUCUCAGAGAAAGAAGAAAAGAUCAGAAAGAUCGAGGACCGUAUUCAUUACCAGAACGGGCGAAGGAAAGAGAUAGCGGAAAAAUAUCGAGAAAACGGGCGAGUUGCAAAUGUGUUGGAAGAAUCCACGAUCAAUGUAGAGGAAAUGAUGCGUAAACUUAACGAAUCCCAGCAGCGCGUAAUGGAAUUAAGGAAAAUGAACAAGGGAAUGUCGCAGGUUGUUGCAAUUCUGGAGCCUAAAAUUGAAAAAGCGGAGAGACGCGAACAGAAAGCUCUUAACCGUGCGUUUUUGAUAAAUCAAAAGUUAUCUGUUCAUCGUUACCUAGCAGCCAAAAGGCCUGAAGGAAUGUUGUCUCCUGAAGAAGAACUUGUUCCACAAUCCGACCAAGAAGCCAAAGUUAUAAGCAUACAAGAGAAAAUCAGAGGGGCAAUUUUACGGAGGCGAGAAGCCGAAAAGAAGCGGUGUACUUUGGAGAGAAAAAUUCAGGUUAUGGAAAAGGCGCUGGAUAACUUCAAGAGAAGAAAUCUGGAGUUUCAAAUUAGCAAAAGGGAGCUUCUUAGUUCAAACUUUUUAUAAACUCGCAAAAACUUGACAGUUAAAAAAUAUGACUUCUUCAUCCGAUUAUAGACUUUCUUAUAAAUUACUUGCACUUCAUAGAACACCAGUUCAUUUAAUAGGUCUUAUAGUUUAAUUAUUAACAUGUUAAACUUAUAGUGAUUUAUCAUGAUCUAACAGAUUGCUUUGAUGACCAGGACAAUACGAACAUGGCGCACUUACAGAUCACGAACGCAACGCUAUAAGGUACAUCCUGCUUUAGUUAAGAUGUCUACAUUGUCCUAAAUAUUGACCAAGCGAGAAAAAUAGAGUUUAUCAAAAGAUCUAAGAAGCUUACAAGCUUUUUGAAAGAUACAAAGCUUCACGCAGUGACGUGAUUGAAUAAGCCAUUGUCAUCGACGGAGAAUUUGAUUAAGUAAAUAAACAUUAGCUACCUUGGAAAUGA